CGCGCGCUUGCGUGUGUGUCAGUCAGUCAGUCAGUCAGUGCAUGAUUUCUAAGAUGUUGGAGAGGUAACGAGUCUGACGGGAUGGCAGGAAUCAUUAAAAAGCAGAUCCUGAAACAUUUGUCACGGUUCACUAAGAACCUCUCCCCAGAUAAGAUCAACUUGAGCACACUGAAGGGAGAGGGUCAGCUCUCCAACCUGGAGCUGGAUGAGGAGGUCCUGCAGAACAUGCUGGAUCUGCCCACCUGGCUGGCCGUCACCCGUGUUUACUGCAACAAAGCUGCUAUCCGGAUACAAUGGACAAAGUUGAAGACCAGCCCUAUAUGUUUGUUCCUGGACAAAGUGGAAGUUGAGAUGAUGACUUGUGAGGAACCCCGGCCCCCCAAUGGCCCUUCCCCGAUUGCCAAUACUGCAGGUCAAAGUGAGUAUGGCUUUGCUGAGAAGGUUGUGGAGGGAAUGUCUGUGAUCAUCAACUCCAUCACCAUUAAAGUGCAAGCGCGGGCGUUUCAUGCCUCCUUUGAGCUCUGGCAGCUCCAGGGCUGCAGCCUCAGUCCCAAAUGGCAAAAGAGCGACCUGCGCUACACUCGUAUUACCCAUCCCAAGAGAGGAGAGGUCCUCACGUUCAAGGAGAUCAACUGGCAGAGCCUGCGCAUAGAGGCUGAUGCGAUAAAGAGUGAAGAGCAGGAUUUGGGCAGCACACCACUGCGUCUCAUUACCAAUCAAGGACGUAUACGCAUUGCUCUCAAACGCAGGGUGAAGGACUGUAAUGUGUUAGCCUCUAAGCUGCUGUUUAUACUGGAUGAUCUGCUGUGGGUGCUGACAGACUCUCAGCUCAAGGCCAUCAUACACUAUGCCAAGUCUUUGAGUGAGGCCAUGGAGAAAUCUGCUCAACAGAGGAAGAGCAUGGCUGCUGAAACAUUACAGACAGCCCCUCCCUCUCCUGGGAUCCACUCUCUGUCAACUGAACCUCCUCCACCUCAAGCGAUCGGGACCGCAAGCACACCGGCUCAGUAUUUUGACCUCCAUGAUUUCAAAGAAUCGUCCUACCACACAUUCAUCUCUCGUCUUGACCUGCAUAUUUGCAAUGACAGCUCUACAGAUACCAAUGAGGCUCUGCCUCCAGGCACACAGGGUGCAAUGCAGCUGACCUUACGGAAGCUGGGCUGUGACUAUUACCCUGUCCACAGACCAGGUGACGACUGUCGGCACUGGGAACGUCACUGUGGGGCGAUGGAGUCUCGUGCUCAGUGGGCGGCCAAACUGCUUCAAGAGUUCCAGAGGAGAGUGGAGGAUCUGGGCGUCCCUGGACCACUUUCAGAAUCACCUGCCUCUGCCAAAGACUCUCCAGCCAAAAGAGCCAAGGAUGGGGAAUCCCUAUCCAGUUUCAGUCCUGAACAUGGUCAGACCUCCCGGCGAAGUUCAGCAGCCGUUCUGUCCCCUCUGAAGAGACUUCGCUCCAGCUGUAUGGUGAUCUGUGUGGAUGACCUGGACAUUCAUCAGGUGUCCACCGGGGGGCGUCACAGCAAGAGAACGCAAUCUUUCCUCUCUUGUAACCGCAAAUCCCUACAUCUCCCAGACAACACUCCAGCAAUCCACCUUCAGUUCACAGAGUACUACUUCCCUGAUAACCCUGGACUUCCUGUACCCUGCUCUAAUCUUUAUGCCCAGCUGAAUGGUCUACAAUUGUGUCUUGAUGCUCCAAGUGUAUUGUGGAUUACUCUAUUCUCAAGGGGUCUACACAGGACACUGGAUCAGGUAAAAGCCUUUUACCACCUCCAGGACAGCAGCAAGAGUGAAGAACACGUCGAUGUUCGCUUGGAUGCUAGACAACUAAAGCUCAUCAUUCCUCUGGAAUCCUCCAUUCUGGACCACCCAGACCGCCCUCAGUUACUGAGUAUCAGUCUUCCUCAAAUCGUCCUCAGCAAUACUCGCCACUCUCCUUAUGGUUCCUGCACUGACCUUAACAGCACCUACAACAGCUUCUCGGGUUGUCCUUUCUUCCAGUCCAUGGAGUGCCAACCUUUCCCUCGCGACCAGAGCGUCCUACAUCCCCUGCCAUCCGCAUUCCUUCAACACUCUCUGGAAAGUGAACUCCCUCUAUGCCCUUCUCGCUCUCAGGACAUGUGGUCUACCAGUCUGUCCCGAGUGACUCUAGGCUUUGAGGGGGCACAUCGAGGGCUCAGGGGGAAAGCCCUUCCAUUCGUGGAGCCCUUUUCCAUGUCUUUGUGGAUGUGCCACCCUUCUGCCUUCAAAAAAGACUCUCAUUGUUCAAGUAUAGACAGAGACUCAAUGUCCCCAUCAAGUUCUAUCAAACACCCCCUUCCAACUUCUUUGCAAAGUAUCAAUGAUAUAUCUGAUAAAGUCGACGAGACCAAAGGACUAGUCAACUCUCCCAUGGCCUCCAUCCAUAUCUUGGCCCAGUCUAUCACUCCAGUCAAAAUGUGGCUCAACCACUACCAGUUUGUUGCACUGUUGAGGAUGAAGGACUACCUUGCCAAACUAGCUGGAAAUUUGAGCAAGGACUUCCAGGGUUUGGGGCAUUCGGAACAUAAACGAGAGGAUCUUCCUUCAGUCUGUGUCUCUGUCCUGAUGGAGGCAAUAGAGCUCGCUCUGCUGCUUCCUCCUGCAGUUUGCGAGCCUGAAGAGGAAGCCCAAUCUCCAGAGAACACGGACACUCCAAGCCUGACAGACUCUGAUCUCUCGCCAACACACCACCCCAGUGAGUCUGACCUGCUGGAGGAAAGUGGGCUGGGUGAAAAAGUUAUCUCCACGGUAGAUCAGGAGGAAGAUGUAGAGCAGGAGGGAUCGGUGGAGGAGGCUUGUGAAGCUGUUGAGGGAAUGGAUAAACCAAUGGGGCAAGAUGAUGAAGGUCAUGCUGUUGCUCUGGCCCAGUCACUUCCUUUUUCCCCAGUGAACCCUAUGGGACUGCCCCGACAUGGCUCCACUUUCAGCCUGGAGGGGGAGCUGUCCAGUGCCCUGAAUGCCACUAAAGGUGUCACGAAAGAUGCAUUCAGUGCCUCCCUGGAUCUCACCAAGGGGGCGCUUUCCAUCACGAAAGAUGCCUUCAGUCUCCUGAGCAGAGGAUCUGCUAUGACUAAGCUCUUCACACCUCAAAACAAGGAGCAAAGCUCACUGCCAGAAGAGUCAAGUCCCUCCAUCAUGGGGAACCUGCGGCUUCAGUCCAUGAAACAGUCGCCUUCCCAAAAUUCCUGUGACAGUGCCAUUCUUGAGGGGAGCCUGGCGGACGAUGGCUUAUCCGUUGACAGCGACAUCAGUGAAAACUUUGUCAUCCUCAUGGACUCUGAGUCUGGUGUGGAGUCUUUGCGUCCUAAUGGUACAGGUGUUCACUCAUGCAGCGUUAGUCCUGCACCGGGUACAGAAGGAGGGUUAUCAGCAGAUAAUCUCAGCAGCUCUCUGUCCCAUAGCACUGAAGACAUUGCUGAAGACAUGGUGUCUGUGUUAGUUUUGUGCCUGAGUCGGAUGGGGUGCCUGAUGGAGAUGCGCGGUGAAGAUAACGUGGUAGCGCUGGAAGCCCAGGAGUUUGUGCCUAUACAACUUGGCAACCAUAAAAUCACUGACUUGCUGGUAGGACUGACACUAACGCAAGUUGGCUCUACCUCUCCCAGUGCUUCUUUAUCACCGGAACCUCUCUCCGGCGCCCCGACAGUAGCAGUCAGAUUGGAGAUGGGGCCACGUGCAGGCAGACACUCCCUUCUGUCUGAAAGUGUGGGGUUCAUAGAGAUGUGUUUGACAGGGUGCAGAGCUGAGCUCCUGGCUUCUACCUUAAGUACUCUAGGCCCCUUCCUGGAGGAUGAACUCGGUGCAGAUACACAGCCAAUGAGACUUUGGGUGUGGGACACUACAAUUAUACUAAAGGAUGAUAAUCCUCAUGUCUACCCGACUGCUCCUCAGCCAGUUCCUGUGCUCCUCUCUCUAGAUGGCAUUGUGCUGGAGCGUUUAGAUGAUGGAAUCCUCAGCUUGAGAUCUGCUCAAAGCCAAUCAGUGAUUGAGAAAGAAGUGGACAGAAAGACAACUGGCCAAUCCUGCUCUGGAACUCAAGAGAAGAACAAGUCUCUGGAGUCCAGGCUCGCUGAUGUCCAGUCAGCUCUUGAGAAAGCUCUGUCUGACCGAGACCACCUCCUACAGGAAGUCAGGAAACACAACCCUUCCUUCACUUUAUGAGCUUGAAAGGAAAAGUAACUAGACUUCAAACAAGGUGUAGAAUAACUCAUUUUCACCUUCUAGAUAUUCUAUGACAAAGUUAUUUUCUCUACCUUUAAUCUCUCUAAUGUCUGAGUGAGUGCAAGAUCAGAUGCCAUCAAGAUCUCUUCUUUCCGAGUGCUCUCUAUUGAGUCUUCCCGCAUAGUGACAUUUUUCUGUUUGUGACAGAACCACACCAAUACAUAAACUUCGCAACUGGAGGAUGACUGAUGUAAACAAAGACUGAUAAACUCUUUCACUGCCAGAGACCCCUCCCUCCUCACUUUUUGUCUGCGUGCUUCUCACACAUGAUCAGUAAUUGUUAGUUUUACCACAGGAUUGUGGAAAGCUUUGAGAUUUUAUACAUGUGUCCUAGUGACUCUCCCUUUAGUAUCACACCUGUGAAGCACUGGUAGAUGUAAGCUCUGUUCCAAAAACCUAGUAAGCUGCCUACAUAGAAAGCAUUUUAAGUCAUCAUGUAAAUUGCUGUAGUAUGGUCUGUUCCAAAAGUUAGGCAGCCAAAUUAUGCAGCCUUCUAAGUUACCUUGUUCAUGCCAAAUUAUAAGGCAACAUUGCAUGUACCUUUCAUGGACAAAAAUGCUCAUUGAUAAUAUUCGUGUGGUUUGCUUAGCAACAUGCUACCAUCAAACUAUUGAAAUCAACUGUAACUGUUAGUCAGUCUAGAUUAUCGUGUAGUUAGCUCAGCAACAUGCUAACAUCAAACUGUAAGCUCAAAUCAAGUUAGAGUAACAUGUUGUUAGCGUAGCAACAUGCUACCAUCAAACUAUUGAAAUCAACUGUAAACAUUAGUCACUCUAGAGUAUCAUGUAGUUAGCUUAGUAACAUGUGUUUUUGCCAUGUGCUUGUAUGAUUGUUGAAUGCAUUUGUAUUGCAAUUAAUUAACAAUUGAUUAGCUUAGUCGAUUAAAUUAUUACCAACAACUUAUUGAUCAUUGUUUAAUCAUCAACAUCCCUAGUAGACAGCAGGGCAGCGUACUAGGUUUUCAGAACAGAGCCGUACAGUGAGUUUCUUAUAGGCUGCUGUUUAGCUGCAUCGAUGAAAAGCAUAGAGCAGGGGUUGGCAACCUUUAUUACUAUGAAGUCACUUGCACCUGCAUACCAACCUACCUCUUGAUGUAAUCUUUCCUCUUGAUCACACAGCGUGUUUUAUGUAAUUAUAAUGGGAAGCUAAACACUAUUAUAGUGUGACGAGACUGCAUAGUCAACAGAUGAGCGCAGUGCAUGGAAGCCGUUUGUGCAUCACUUUCAGUGAAUUGAGCGACUAAAGGCAUCCACUUUGCUUUAGUCGGUUCGGUUCAGCAGAUGAAAGCCUACUACAUCUCUUAUUUGUUGCUUUUUGCUGACAGAGUAAAAGUUGACGUAAAUAAGAAGGAACCGCUAUCAAUGCUUAAGAUUUUCAACCUGGCAUGCACCCUCAUUAAACCACAGUGAAGGUGAAUCUCAAAACUACAUUUUUAAGGGAAAAGAACAAACAUUUUGAAAAAUGUAUGACAUUAAAAAAUAAAAUAUUUCCCGUUAAAAAGGUCUCUCACUGUCAAAAAGGUUGCCAACCUUUGUUCUAGAGGAUUGCUGAUGUUUGAGUCAUUCAAAGGACAAACUAAGCACUUUAAGCUUUUUGACUUAAAUGCACUGUAUCACAAAUUGAGCUUUAUAUGAGAUUCCUUGUACAGCAGACAGUACUUUUGUUAACAAAGUCAUCCUAUCUGUCAGGGUAUCGAGAUUACCUACUUGUCCACUAAAGUAGGAACACAUUUGUCAUACUGUACAGUACAGAAUAGAAAGUAACACUUGCGCCAAGGCUAGUGUUCAUAUGUAUUGUGCACAGGAUUUUUGUAGGCCUGCUCUAAAUGCUUUUGAUUAUAAAUGUGAGAUUUUCAGUAUUACAAUGGUAGCUUGUCAGUUUUUCAUACACUCUAAUACCCAAAUCCCCUACACUAAAUUUGUUUACAUUGUAAACUGCUUUAAAACAUUACAUUUCUUUGGUUACAGUCUGUUACACUUAAAUCACUUAAAGAUGCACAGAAGUAAUCAGUACGAUUGGACAACAAUAUUAAUUUAAAUACAUGUUUACUUGAACCUUUUUGAACAUGUACAAAUGAGGUGAUGAUGUAUUUCUCCCUAGUUAAACAUUUUAAGGAGAUGAGAUGACUGGGUAAUAUGAAUAAUGUUUUAGUAAUGUAACAUGUACUUAAGAAAUUGUUUGAAGUACAGAUGCUAAAGUGUACAGCAUUUCAUGACGUUUCAGGCAUGUACAUGGCUAUCGCAAGUCUCACUGAAUGUUUGUGGUAAAAGCAGUAUUAUGGGUCUAAUGAAUUGCCUCUAUUAGUAAUAAGUAUAGAGAUGAUUUACUAGACUUAAGUUAUACAUUAUUAGUAUGGAAAAUAUUCAUUUAAACAGCCAUUUAAAAGUCAACAGCUGGAAGAAUGUAUGUUCUCUAGGCCUGUGUGAUAUCAACAUCCACUCUCUGUUUUCAGAUGUUUGUGCUGAAUUAUUUAAGAGCCAAGGUGUCUUAAUGGAACCCAUAAUUAUUGAUUUAUUGGUUACUGUGAGAAGUUGAAUAACUUGAGAUUACUCUAUACUGGAGUGAAAAUUAAAUCAAGGAUGCAAACUACUUGCCUUUCAGCUGAAGUCACCAUUUCUGAAGCCAAUUUUCCCAAAUUGAUCGGUACAUUUUUUACAUUUUUCUUUAUUAAAAUCACUUGAAAGGGUUACUUUAAGCUUAAACACUUAAGCACCUCUUUAAACCUCUCAUGAGUUUGCAUCCCUGUUAAAUGUGUAGCAUUUUUAUACACUAAAUAUUAUCUGUAUUAGUGUAUUGAGAUGUCUGUCUUGGAAAACUGAUGGAUACAAUUGACUAAAGUGUAGAUACAUUUUCUGUAGAUGUAGUAAUAGAAGGAUUAUUGUAAUGAAUAACUUCAGUGCAUGGAAAACAUUUUUUGUGUAGGUGUUUAAAGCAUGCUUUACUUGAAAUCUUUCACAAGUGCGACAUCGUGUUUAGUAACUCCGAAAUGAUUUGAUUUAGUGGAAAAGCAUGUUACACUUCUCAUUCAAGCCUUCCACUUUUAAAUAUAUAUAUAUAUAACUUUGACAUUUUUAGGGGUAUUAUUACUUGUACUGUUACACAUACUGUAGAUGAGUAUUGCUUAUGUGUAUGAUCAAAUUAUUUAGAUUUUAAACUAAAAGCUUUACUCAUUUUUAUGAUUGGUUUUAGCUGUGUAGUUGGUACUAAGUUUACUUUUAUGUCUUUGUGUACAGUUAAAGCAAAUAAUCUGUAUGAUGAAUGUUUAGGUCACUUGUUUGUUACACUUAAAGGUGUCAGAUGAUUUUGUUGUAGGCAAAUGUUCUCAAGCACAGAAAGACUGGCCUGUUCAUUUGUCUCUUGGCCUGGGGUGAAAGUUGUCUCUAUAACUGUCAUUGUAUUUUGGCCUUUUGACUUCAUGUGGAUGAAAUUGAAGGGUUUGGUUUGUCCCCUGACCUCUUCAUUAAAGUAAUAAGAUUUCACAUUUUUUAUCACCACAAUUAAAGUUAUGGAACAAAUAAGUAAAACUGAUAUUUUGUUGGUUCUGUGAACCAUAACGAUGUGCAAAUAUUCCACUGAUGAUUAAUUCAAUGUUUCUUAUAUUUAAAACCGUGUAUCUUCUGUCGGUUGCUCGCUCUGAUGAAAUGUACAUUACAGCAUAUUACAAAGCCUACAAUGGAUACAACGCUUCAUUGGCGCUAUUAUAAAUGAAGAAUUUUCAAUGCACUUUUUAUUUAAACUGAGAAAACUGCAUUACAGUGUUGUUUUAAUACAUCUUAUUAGUGAGUAAUGGAUAUUCAAAGGAUUUGUGUAUUUAUUUGUCAUCUUAAAAUAAAAUGUUCUGAA